AUGCGGCAAUUUCAAUGUAUAUUUUGUGUCAUUGUAGAGCAGUGGAAAAUGCUGAAUCCAGAAGGAAAGAAACGAUAUGACCGGGAAUUUCUCCUUGGGUUCCAGUUCAUUGCAGCUAGUACACAAAAGCCAGAUGGUUUGCCAGCAAUUAGCGAUGUUGUUCUUGAUAAGAUCAAUCAGACCAAACAAAUUGCAAGACCUUUGGACCCCUCACGAAUGCUGCCCCGAGGCCCAGACUUCACACCACCUUAUGCAGAUUUUGGAAGGCAGCCACAAAGUGGGCGAGCAGGAACAGUGUUAAAUGUUGGACCAAGGAGAUCACAGCAUGGGCAAAGAAGAGAACCAAGGAAGAUUAUUACGAAUAUAACUGUGAAUGAUGAUAUCCAACUAAAGAAGUCAGAGAAUGCAUGGAAACCUAUAUUAAAAAGAGAUGAUAUUUCUGAUGACUCUGACGUGCAAAAAACACAGGAAUUGUUCCGACGAGUAAGAAGCAUUCUGAACAAGCUGACACCACAAAUGUUUCAACAAUUGAUGAAGCAGGUUCAGGAGCUGACAAUUGAUACAGAAGAGAGGCUGAAGGGAGUUAUUGACCUAGUGUUCGAAAAAGCCAUCGAUGAACCUAAUUUUUCAGUAGCAUAUGCUAAUAUGUGUCGCUGUCUCACAAUGCUGAAGGUCCCGAUGUCUGAUAAGCCAGGAGCUUCAGUAAAUUUUCGUAAGCUGUUACUAAAUCGUUGUCAGAAAGAAUUUGAGAAGGACAAAGCCAAUGAUGUUGUCAACGAGAAGAAGCAGAAAGAGAUCGAUGCAACCGUUAAACCUCGCAUGGACCAGUAUUUCAAUCAAAUGGAAAAGAUAGUGAAAGAAAGGAAAACAUCAUCUAGAAUACGUUUUAUGCUCCAAGAUGUAAUAGAUGUGAGAAUGAAAAAUUGGGUGUCACGUAGGGUUGAACAGGGUCCAAAGACUAUUGAACAGAUCCAUAAAGAAGCACAGAUUGAAGAGCAACAGCAACAAUUGAAGGUUCACCAACAACUACUAUCUAAGCAAGACAAAAGGAGAACAAGUAGUGGACGAACCACAGAAGAAGCUUGGAACACUGUUCCAGUGUCUAAGAGCAGCAGGACGAUAGACCCCAGCAAGUUCCCAAAAAUUACCAAACCUGCCACUGAUGAUAAAAUUCAGUUGGGACCAGGAUGUCGAUUAGGUAGCUGGGGUAAGGGCAGCAGUGGAGGAGUGAAAACUAAUGAAACUGAAUCGUCACGAACUACAAGUUUGAAUAGAUUCUCUGUACUACAGCAGUCUGCCCCUCCUUCUGAUUCAGAUGCACGCAGGACCCUACCUAGUCGAAGCAGCACUGGAAGGGAGAAGAGCGAUAAACCAACUCGGCCAGCUAUCACACAUGUGAGCAGUAACAAGGAGCUGCUUGAUGAUAGAACACGAGAAGAAGAGAGGAGAGAAGUCCUUGAAAGUGUACAGCACACCACAGGUACCUCGGAGGAGAAGAGUUUUGAGGGAGACAAGAACCGGACUAAAGAAAAUGCAAAACCUGAAGUAUUUCCUGCUGAUGCUUCAUCCAGAGCUGAUCUAUCUGAAGAGGAGAUGGAGAAGAAAUCAAAAUCCAUUAUUGAUGAGUUUUUGCACAUUAAUGAUUAUAAGGAAGCAGUCCAGUGCGUAGAUGAAUUGAAUUCACUGAAUCUGCUCCAUGUCUUUGUGAGAGUUGGUGUGGAGUCAACAUUGGAGAGGAGUCAGAUAACAAGAGAACACAUGGGGCAGCUUUUCUAUCAGUUGAUACACUCGGAAAAGCUACCCAGGGAUGAAUUUUUCAAAGGGUUUUUAGAACUCUUGGAAUUGGCAGAGGAUAUGGCCAUUGAUAUACCACAUAUAUGGCUGUACCUGGGUGAACUUGUGACCCCCAUGUUACAAGAAGGAGGAAUCUCUAUGAGAGAAUUAUUUACAGAACUUAGUAAACCUUUACUUCCUGUGGAGAGAGCAGGGGUUCUGCUUGCAGAAAUUUUGCACCUUCUAUGCAAACAAAUGAGCCAUAAGAAAGUCGGGGCCUUAUGGAAAGAGGCUGGCUUAAAUUGGAAGGAUUUCCUAACUGAUGGGCAGGAUGUCCAGCAAUUCAUUAGGGAUAAGAAAUUGGAGUUUACUAUAUCGGAUGUUUCUAGUCCUACUGAAGCACUUUCAAAAAUGGAGCUGUCUGCUGAAGAACUGAACAAGUGGCUAGAAAAGCUUAUUAUUGAAGACAGGGCUAGCAAUGAGCAAGUCUUUGACUGGGUAGAAGCUAAUUUAGAUGAAUCACAGGUUGGGUCGUCUACAUUCCUUCGAGCUUUAAUGACAACAGUUUGUAGAUCAGCUAUUACAGGGGAAGGAGCUCCAAGUCGAGUGGAUGCAAACGUUGUACAGCAGAGAUUGCGAUUAUUACUGAAGUACCUUAACUCCGAUACUGAAAGAGAAUUACAAGCACUUUAUGCACUACAAGCAUUAAUAGUAAAACUUGAUCAACCCCCUAACUUGUUAAGAAUGUUUUUCGACACUUUGUAUGAUGAGGAUGUUAUAUCUGAAGAUGCAUUCUACAAGUGGGAAAGUAGCAAAGACCCAGCAGAGCAGAGCGGCAAAGGGGUAGCGCUAAAAUCUGUCACAGCUUUUUUUACAUGGCUAAGAGAAGCUGAGGAAGAGUCAGAAGAUAACUAAAAAAAAACAAAAAAUGUCUUCGCCAAUCAAAGUGCAAAAAGGCCAAUCAUCGCAACAAAUAUGCACGGAUAUACAGUCAGCGAUCAUGAUGAAAAUUAUGGUACACGCACGUAAAGAAAAGCCGCGGUGAUGUUAAAGAACCAUGGGUGGGAGCACUAAAAAAUGUAUUAUUUAUAGAAAAUAUUUUUGUUUUAAAUUUUAAGCUUUUUUGUUAUUUUUAAAAGGACAGAUGGUUCCACUUCUUUGUGCAGCAAAAAAAUAAAAAUUUGAACACUUUAAUUUAUUUUUAGAACUGCAACAGUGAUGUAAUUUGAGUUUGCAGUUACUGUAAACAGAAUGUAACAUAGAGAAAAGCAACCCAAACUUUUGCCCACAAGGCCAUUUCAAACAAAUACAGGGCAUCAAAAUUUAGUAUAUGGGCGGGGGUUAACAAUGAUGGCUGAAAGUAGUAAUAUGUACCAGUAAUUCUUCCUGCCUGCUUCAGCUUGCUCUAGAAAUGUACAUAACAUUCAACUGGAAGAUGACGCUCCCCGAAUUUCCAAGCCGUACAUUAUGAACUGCAGAACAUGGAGAACUUGUACAAAAAAAAUUCAACUUGAGGAAGUGCUUGUAAUACUUUCAAACUAUAGAGCUACUCAAAAGCUUGUAAAUACAUAAAGAGAAAUAUUUAAAAAAAUGACUCAUUACUAUCUUUUCACUUUCAAAACUAAAUAAAUACAGACCGUGCAAGUUGAAAAAAUAAAUACAAACUACUGUUUAUCUGAGAAUUCAUGAUCACAAGACUGGUUCUACAUAAGUUUGCAAACUGGUUUGACCUUUUUUUUGUACUCUGUUACCUCAUUGUAUUAUAUAAUUGAAUGCCCAUUGUUGUGACAAGUUGUAUCAAAUAGCUGGCUGACACUAGUCAGUUAUUGGGAUGUUGCAGAAAGUUUUUUUGAAAAAAUACUGCACAAAUGAGGAUCCUUUCUCCUUAGAAACUUUCAACCAUUGGAUUGAGACGCCUGUAAGAGCUUUCGUUGUGAAAGAAAAGGAGGUCAGAAUAUAUGAUAUAAAAGGGUUACGUUUUCCAAACACAGAUGCAACCUUUCACACAAGCUGCUUCCAUUGAUGCUAGUUACAGCAAAUCGAGGAUAUUACCAUGUGAAAGAGCACUUUUCUGAAAGUUAUGUGGUUUAUCUCAUGAGUUGCUGGUUUGAUUUAAACAGUGUCUCAAAGAUUAACACUAGAUUUUACUUGUACCAGUUUGUGCAUUUUUUUUGAUAAUUGGUUUUGAAAAGCUUAGCAUAAUAUGGAUCAGCUAUGAUUUUAAAACUUGCUUCAAUGGCAAGAUGGCUUUUGGAAUGCUUAUGAAGAUAAUGUUCCAGACUCUGAGAUGCCAUUAAAUAACUGCAUAACUUGAAUUAAAUCAGUUCUAGGCUGGUAAUAUAUAAUGGGUUGGAUUUUUUUUUUCUGUUUUCAAAGUCUGUACAUGUUAAAUAGUCAUGUUCUGGUUUGACGAUGUCUCACUUAAUCACCCCAUUAUGUAAUGAGAUGGGCCUAUGAACGCUAAAACCUAGGUUUAAGAGCCAUGAGUGUCAAUGCUGAUUUUAUCUUGUUUCAAUUUGUAACAAGAUGAGCAUCAACCUGAAUUGCUGUCUGUAUGCACCAUAGAUUGAAAUGUGUGCACAUCCAAAAAGCUGGAACAGACCCAAAACCAAUUGAAUUUUCUUGUUCUGUGGUUUAUUCUAGAGAUGUGACCUGAGGAAGUGGUAAAUACCAAUGUAAGGAUAUAAAUAAUAUUCGCUGUAUUAACAAAAUGGAGAUUCGUGUCUAUCAGUCAUCUUGUGUACAAAUUAGAAAUACAAAAAUAGUAGAUACGAGAGUUGAAUAUACAUUCUUACAAUUUUUAAGGACCCCAAAAUUUGGAUUCAAGAAGAGCAUUGCAGAACAGUGACUGUCUAGUUGAUACAAGAUUUAUGUUAUUGCACUAAAUUACUCUGUAUUAUAUGGGUUUUGCUAAGUAUUGGUUAGGCCCAAGUGCGCAUUAAUAAAAAAUCAACUAUGGUGCUGUGUCAAAACUUGACCAUUACAAGUGUUAAACUGCUGUUGGUUUGCCCUGUUCAGUAUAUAAUGAUGAUAUUAGCCUGCUCCUAAUUCUUAAUCACCACCCAGAUGCUGGAAUGUCAAAGCUCUGUGAAUACCUAUUUUAUUAGAACAUCACUUUGAGUGGCUUAUUUCUCAUAGUUGUGCAUGGAAUACCACUUUCAAAUCAAGAUAAAAAGUAAUUGUGCAUUUUGUAGUUUGUCAUGUUAAAUAAUUAAAAAUGGAAGGUAAUUGAUCUUGAUACAAAUCCUUUUAAGUUUAAAGAGCUGAAAAAUU